GUGUGGACACACAUCGCAGCCAAAUAAAGGGCGAGUUUCACAUUCUUUGAGAGGAGGAGUGGACUUGCUUUGGUUGAAACAUCACACCCUACAUUCCAGCACAGGCUCGUGCUGAAGUCUUUUGUGCAUGCAGCUCACAUGUGUUGUGUCUGAGUUGAACUUCCUCGUCCUGCAGAAGAAGAAGAAGAAGAAGAAGAAAGAGGAUAGAGGGCGUGACGUCGCUGCCCGCAGAGAGGCCCGUACGGCUGCAGGAGACCGGGGAGAGAGGCAGGGACACGCCGAGCGGGGACGGACGCUGCUGCAGCCGCAGAGCAGACACACGAGGAGCAGCCAGGGCUCGGAACAACCGGCAACUUUGCAGAAGCGACAGACAGCCAUAAUGCGGCACCGCCCGCCGACCCGGGAGCUGAUGUGACUGUGCACACCCAGACACAGGGAGGAAGCGGCGGACAUCACCACCACCUCUCCCCGGUUGCCUCGCCUCGUCGCGGUUGUCUGGAGAGAGGGAGGGGGGACAUGUCCUCGCUAACCGUAGAGGAGGACCAGAAAUGGUUACCGACACACGUCCAGGUGACGGUGCUGAGAGGCAGGGGCUUACGGGGCAAGGGUAAGCAUGGCACCAGCGACGUGUACACCAUCAUCCAGCUGGCGAAGGAGAAAUACUCGACCGGCGUGGCGGAGAAGACCACCGAGCCCGAGUGGAGGGAGGAGUGCUCGUUCGAGCUGCAGCCCGGCGUGCUGCAGGGCGGCGGGCGGAGCGGCGGCGGCGGCUAUCCGGCCGGGAGCAACGAGCUGGUCCUCAUCGUGAUGCACCGGGCGAUGAUGGGGCUGGACGUGUUCCUCGGGCAGGCGGUGAUCCAGCUGGAUAAGGUCUUUCAAGAGACUAGAUGCGUGAAAAACGAGUGGUACAAGCUCAACUCUAAGACGGGGAAGAAGGAGAAGGAGCGAGGAGACAUUCAAGCCACCGUCCAGUUCACCCGAAACAACCUGACCGCCAGCAUGUACGACCUGGUCAUGAAGGACAAGAGCGCCUCCACCUUCGGCAAGCUGAAAGAGCGCAUAAAGGGAAAGAAGAGAUCCAGCGAGGAGGACGCCGCGUCGGCCGUCCUGCCGAGUGGUUACGGGUCUCUUCACCGGAUGCGGCAACGGCUGCCGAGCGAUGGAGGCGGGGAGGAGGACUACGAGGACGACGAGGGGGGCGAGGCCCGGCGGAGCAAGAUGAGGACCUUCUUCCUGAGAGGGAAGCUGAGGAAGUCCUCGGACACUCGCUCCAGCACAUCGCUCGGCUCGGAGAGCAGCGAGUCGUCCCGGGGCGGCAGCCUGAGCCCCACGGCCGGCAUCAGCGUGGUGGUGUCCGACCUCUCCAACUCCCCCAGCAACAGCAGCAACCUGACCGCCGACAACAGCCCAGAGCACACGGCGAACUCUCUCCAAUGUGAGUUUGGCGACGAGGUCGAGGAGAUCACCAUCGCAGUGCCUCAGCCCACCGUGUGCGUUAACGGAAGCCAUGCUUACAGCGUCCAGCCCCUGGACCCAGGCUCAGGAAACCCUGCGGACUGUCUAAGCCUGGCAGCGCUGCAGAAGUCUUUGCCUCACUCCGUGUCUCUGCAGAACCUCAGUCCUUCCACAAACCUCCCCAAAGGCUCCGUCGGAGACGGGCGCCGCUGGUCUUUUGACAAGCCCGGCGAGGAGGAGAAGGCAGCCAUAGCCGCGGCCCUGGAGCAGAGUGGCCCCAUGCAGGGCGACGAGGAGGAGGAGGAGGAAGUGGGAUCGGCUGCUCCGCCCAAAUCCGCCUCCUCCUCCUCGUCCACGGUGGAAUCGGAAAGCCAGGGGAAAAAGCAGAGGAGGAACUUGUUCUCCCAUGGGAAGAGAGAGUCUGCGGGGAAAGGGCAGUCCAAGGAUGAGUCUGAACAGGCCUCCGCUGCCACCGAGGAGAAACACAAGGGAUGGUUUGGAUCAAAGGACUCGAACAGCAAACCCAGCCUGGUGGUGUCACCUAAACUAGAGCCCAGCACUGACCCCCACCCACCCAGUCACCCCCCGGGUCCCCCUGUCGAUCCUGCCUCUCUGGUUUCUCCCCUGCAUCACACUAACCCCUUCUACCCCUCACAGAGCCCCCCACCCCCCAUGUCCCCCUGCAACCCUUUCUUCUCUGUCCUCCAGCACAACCCUUUCUAUGACGACACGCUAACCGCUCAGACCCUAAAACCUUCGCCGCCUCCUCUGCCUUAUCUCUCCAGUGCUCGGCCUCCUAUAGCUCAACUCUUUCCUCAGGCGAGUAACCCUAACCCCCCCCUAACCACAGAGGACUCCAUCAUGGGUACAAAGAGCGAAGUGACGGCCAAAGCUGAGAAACGACCUCUUCCUCCGGCUCCCGCGGAAGAGGAGAAACCUUUAAGCGUGAAGUUGUCCGAUUGUUUUAUGACUGCUGGGGAGCUGGACCCAGAGUGGGACGAAUCCUUUGAAGCGUUUGCAGCUGGCAGGCUGCAGUCUCCCGAGGAUCUGACAACAGACUGCAAAACACAGCAAAACACAGCCAGCGAGCACACGCUGGAACACUGCGAUGAUAAAGGAGCAUUACUACCAAUAACAGAUGCAAACACAAAUGUGAAUGACGCACUACAUCCUCAACCGUGCACAGAAUUUGAAUUCGAUGCACAUAAAGCCACCAACACUUAUCAUCUUGACACAUUUGCACAAUUCCUUGAGACAAUCCCAGAGCACGCGAGCGUCGAGAGUGACAACACAACUUUAAAUACUUCCACUAACUCACCAAAACCAGCUGCUUUCACGGAAACUAAUCAAGCUAACGAUGCUACUAACGCAAAGGAUUUAACCGAGCCUAACGUGCAUCAUGCCCCCGGUCGCACCUCGUCUGUAAAGCUCAACAGCAGCUCCCCUGAUCCUGCUUCUUCAGGCCUGGGCAGUUCAGCAGACGAGGAUUUCCCCUCAUGUCUCUCUUCUUAUUCAGACAAAUUCUCUGCAUCCUCCUCCUCCGAGGAAGCCGAGGCACAGAACUGUGAAGGCAGCAUCCUCUGCGACGAGAAAGCCUCCGAUAGAUCUGUCGAAGAAAAGCCUUCACAAUCGGAAGAUGACAGAACUGACGGGUCCAUUGAUCUGUCUUUAGGCUUUUCAAAAGUGUUAAAUGAUUCCUCUGCAUCUGUAAGUAACACUACGGAUGUGAUGACUUCUACAACUCCAGAUGAUGAGCUCUGCUCCACACACCCAUCACUAUACAUCAUAACGUCCUCCCCCGAUGUCAGGCAGACUUCGUCGGACUCGUCCAUUCAGAGUUUAGCAAGACAGGAUGCAAGCCCGAGUUCUUCUGUACCGUUCAGGCUUUUUGGCGAUUUCUUCAACACCAGCCAAGACUUUGACGACACACUGUUGAACACUCGGGUGUUCGAUCAGAGCACCAGCAGCUUUUUCCAAAGCCUUUAUGUCAGCACCAGCUCGCAGGAUUACCAGACCUGUGCGUCUCACCCGUCCUCCGGCGGCUCGGAGCCAAACGACACGCUGCACUCGGUGAACUUAACCCUCUGUGGCGAGCUGAGCGAGAUUCAGGUGACUGAUGCUCAAGAAGAUCCCAUCGACACAAGCAAGCCAUGUGACGAAGACAUCAGACAUGUUGACGGAGCUUUCUGUGGAGCCGAGGACAAGACGGCAACUCUUGAGCCAAGCUUCACGAUCGGGGAGAACUUGGGUUUCCUCCCUGCGACAUCGACGGACUCUAACAUGAGCGGUGAUCCACAGAAGCUCAACAAAGGAGAUGUAGAAAGUCAGCAUGUCGUCUUAGGUGACGUGUUCUCGAAAUGCCCUGAUGCACAAACUGCUACGCUACACCGCUCCCACUCUGAGGGCACACUGACGCCUGCCUUUGACGAACUCCUCAUGCCCUCCUUUGGGAGUGAUCCCGGUGCGAUGCAGGCGUCCUCCUCUGCUCCGCCGGGCCCUGACCUCCCCUCUCUGAUCUCCUUUGCUCCCUCUCUUACUCCUCAAAGUAGUAGCUUCCCUUUAGCGCUCUCUUCCCCCCCUUUUCUUGACUAUGCUACGGCGAGAUCACCGACGGCACGAGCUGCGGCGCCAAAGCCAAUGCUUCAGGAGACGUGGCAGCAGCAGGCAGCCAAUCAGCAGAACAGCCCCCACCCAGUGAAGCCCCUCACCACUGCCACACUGACUGAGGAGAAGCGGACCGAGGGCCGGUCGGUUCUGGCCACCGGCCUGGAGAAGCUCAAGUCAACCAUCCACCCGGGGAGGAGCAGCCAGCUCAGCGAGCAGGAGACGGACAGGAAGAAGUCCGUGUCAGAGGGCGCCGGCUCGUACUACCACCUGAACCACAGUGAACUGGUCGCCCUGCUGGUGCAGCGGGAGGCCGAGCUGGCGAGGCAGGAGACGGAGUUUAAACGUCAGAAGUUUUUGCUGGCUAAGCGAGAGGUGGAGCUGAAGAAGUUGAAGCCGCAGGUCAAAGACCUGGAGGACUACAUUGACACGCUGCUGGUGCGCAUCAUGGAGCAGAAGCCCACUCUCCUGCAAGUGCGCUCCAAGUUAAAGUGACGAAGAGUUUGCAGUUCUGUUCACUCCGUCCUCCACAACAGCUCUUUAGUCUUUUCACUGCUAUGCUGUCCUUUUUGAUACAAAUAUCUAGGCACCGAGAGAAGUCGAGAGGGCGCCGAUGUUUCCCAGCCGGCAUGCUUUCCUGUGCUCGUCCUCGUGGAAGGCUUCGGUUGGGGCGGUUCUGAAUGUAGCGGGUCCUCAGGUUGUUUUCAGGUUCACACAGUUGGUUUUGAGCUCACGGAGGAGAAGCCCGGACGCUUCCAUUUUGGGAUCUUGAUUGUAGAAACAAUGAUUCCUCCUUUUCACCUCACCUCACUUCUAUCACCUUAUCACAGAAGAGAGAGAUGGUAGAGUGUCAGUCCAGAACAACGUAUAUCCAACUUGCUCCUCACGAAAAGAAAUAUUCUCCAAAAGUGUUGCAGCUGAAAGGUCCACUCUGCUGGUUUUGCAUGUUUCAGACCAUUACCUACAAAUUGCAUACACUUUAAAUCAAUGCUGGCCUUUUCUGCAGCGUACCAUCAGCUUUAGAUUGAUUUUACACCUUCAAGGCAGCCACUGGUUUCACUUCAUUUCAGUGCAGCAUGGAAAUCUACUUGCAGAGACAUGAAACCUGCUCAGGACUCAAAUCUACCACAGUGAACAUUUAGUUUUCAUUUCAUAGUUAUGAAGGUAAUAAUGCAGUUAAGAGCUGGGAGCGUUUUUAAAUAAAUAGUGCCAAAAUACUCCAAGAUGUAAGAUUCAGUUACCAGUAAAGCGUUGCACUCACAAACUCUAUUGUUGUUUUCAUAUUCAAUCCUCUGCAGAUUAUCUUCUUGAUUUAAUGGACCAACAGUUCAAAAUCCCAAGAUAUUCAGUUUACUGUGAGACAAAGAAACGCAGCAAAUCUUCUCCUUCGGGAAGCUGGAAAUAUUAAACAUUUGGCAUUUUGAAAACUGGUUUAAACAAUUAAUAGAUUAUCAAAACAGUUCCCUGUCAGUUGGCAGCUAGUAGCAGCUAGUAGCAGCUAGUAGCAGCUAGUGGCAGCUAGUAGCAGCUAGUGGCAGCUAGUAGCUAGUGGCAGCUAGUGGCAGCUAGUGGCAGCUAGUGGCAGCUAGUGGCAGCUAGUGGCAGCUAGUGGCAGCUAGUGGCAGCUAGUGGCAGCUAGUGGCAGCUAGUAGCAGCACGUCCAAGAUGUGCCAAAAAGGAGAGUUUUCAAAACUCACUGACAAUAUUAUAAGUAUAUAAAUGUUCCUGGAAGUCCCUGCGCCCGGACAAUGUUCACCAAGACAGUUCCCGUACGUAACUCCCAAUAAAUCAACUACUUAGUUCUUUAGAGAUGUUGGACGUCAAGAUGUUUCACGUUUGGACAGAGCCAGUCUUAAUGCUAAGCUAAGCUAAUCACCUAGCUCAAGAUCUAAACUUAGCGCAGAUAUUUCAGAGCGGUAUCGAUCUUCUCAUUCUCAUUUCCCUAAAUUUCAAGCUAUUUUUUUAAAUGAACAGGAAGAAAUGCUUAGAAGUAAGGAAAUAAAUUAAUAUUCUUCGAGUAUGCUUUGGUAAAUAGUUGCAUUAUUUUAAAGUAUGCACAAUAUUUGGUUAAUUAGGUAAAUUCAUGCAAAACCACCCAUAAGUUUCUUAUACAGUAAAACCCAUGGUGAAUAUGUUGUUUUGGAUUGACGCUCUACAAAUGUUUCCGAAUAAAUAUCGAGUGCUCUGACUAGUUUUUGAAACUACAAACCAAACGAGCGGCGUGCGAGUUCAUGCUCGCCGUGUGCACAUCACUGGGAACUGAUUGUAGCUUCUGAAUGUUCAAAAGUGUUCUUAGCCAGCAAGUGAAUGGUUUUAUUUCCUACGCACGAUGAGUGCUGUUUAUUUUUUUGCUUGCUCCUUUCUUUUCUUCUAUUCUUUCUGCACUAUGGGCUUGUCUUGAAAUUACCCAUAAUGCUCAGCCACAUAAGCUAACUGAUUCUUGUAUGGGUCACGGUAUUAUCAGGUGAAGACAGUAUCACUCAGUCAGUAUAAAGAUCAGCCAUCACAGCUCCUCUGAGCUCAUGCUUCUGUGUUAUCAACACGACGCCACUGUUGAGAAAAUGCCUGCGACAUGCUGGUUCUUGACUCCCCUCCCUCAGUGUCACAUCCGCUUCUGCACAAGCACGCAUAUCGCUCCUGCUUUCAGGUGUUGCAAAGGGAUAUAUACUGCAUUUUUCCGCAUAUAUGCCGUAUUGAAAUGCCAAAUGCUGCCUUAUUUUUGUUUUGUUUUGACGCUUCAUUUUCCUUGUCGGGGCUCGGCGCAGGUUUUGAAGAAGAAAAGCCAUCUGCUCACUGAAAGAGUUCACUUUUCUUCCUUCUUUUCAUGCUUUGUUACCAUAUUGUUUGUCACUGCACAAAGUUAAAUGGUAUGCAUACAAAUAGAAAAUGAGCAGUAACAGUGAUUUCCUGUGAAAUGCCAAAAAAAAAAAGAAGCCUUGAAGCGUAAUCCAAGGAGCAGAUUGAGACACCGUGAAGUAUUCUGCUGCCACUUUCAACAGCGUUUGUUGUUCUUGCACUACUUAAUUGUCAGAACAUAACUUUACUGUACCCGUCUGUUGAUAUCGGUAUAGUUAGAUACUUUACACCGUACUGCACUUUCUAAUUGCUCUGUGAUUUAAGCACUUGGCCUACUUUGACACCACAACGAUGAUUUUCCAGUGAGCUUGAAGCAAACAAAAACAUCCCAAACCGUCUCGUCAUCUCACUUCUGCUGUGCGAUCACAAUAUCAAGUGCGUAGACGACUGUAGAGACAUAUUCAAAAUGUGACUCGGCACUUAUGAAGCGCAAGAAAUAAACGUCCUCUUCCCAUGUCUUCCAUUUUUAUUUAAGUUUAAACUGAUUGUAUUUUUGUCCUUUGAGUGUGUAGCUGGUGGAAUGUGCUUAAGGUAGUAUGUGAGAUUGGAAAGUUUACAAUUCGUGAUGCAAUUCUGUUUCACAAAUUUUGUAUAUUUAAUAAAGAAUAUUUUGUGUUUCUUGCUCACCGUA